GAGGAGUGGGGAGGCGUCUGGAGGGGUAGGUGCUCGCUGCACAGCUGGGAAGCCGGGAAGGGGCCCCGCUUGCAGACGCCCCUGGCGGCUCCUUGGUGCUUUUCCUGCCCUUGCUCGCCCCUUUGCUGUAAUUAAACUGGAGGAGGAAAAGGCGGCAGCUGCGCUUCGCAUGCGGCUCCUAACCGCAGGGAGCCCGGCGGCAGCGGCUGUGCGCGGGUGGAGGAAGGAGGAUGCGCCCAGCCCCUGAGUCAGCGCCCAGAGUCAGACUGGCAGCUGCAGAGCGCGGGCGCCCGGGCCGCGCGCGCCAGGGCGCCUCCUAGGGCAGCUGGAGGGAGCGCACAGGGGGCGCAUCUUGGGGCGCGCCGGAGCCUGGCAGCCCGAGGCGGAGGGCGCAGAGCUAACGUACCUCAGGCGCGUCCCUGGGAUGGCCGGGCACAGGGAGAGCGCCCCGCCGGAGGUCUCCUAGGAGCAGCGGGGAGCGCCCACGUGGGGCGCCUCCUAGGGGUGUCCCCGCGAAGGGAGGGCGCUCACGCAGGCCCGGCUCAUUUGGCUGGGGAAGUGCAAGGAAGCGCCCGGCCCUCGCCGCGGGACCAGAGGGCGCGCAACUGGAGGCGCCUCCUGGGGCGCAGGGAGUUGCCGUCGCGGGCACCUCCUCCUGCUCCUGGCCGGCGGGAGCUGGGCAGCCGCCCCCGAGAUGUUCACCCGGGCUGUGAGCAGGCUCAGCAGGAAGCGGCCGCCGUCAGAGAUAAAUGACAGCGAUGGCAAACCAGGCAGCAGCCAACAAACCCUAAAAGGAACCUCAAGAUGGACGACGUCACUAGAGAACCUCCUAGAAGAUCCAGAAGGAGUGAAGCGAUUUAGGGAAUUUUUAAAGAAAGAAUUUAGUGAAGAAAAUGUUUUGUUCUGGUUAGCAUGUGAAGAAUUUAAGAAAAUGCAAGACAAGAAACAGAUGCAAGAAAAAGCUAAAGAAAUUUACAUGACUUUCCUGUCCAGUAAAGCUUCCUGCCAAGUCAAUGUUGAAGGGCAAUCCCGUUUGAAUGAGACAAUAUUGGAAGAACCUCACCCACUAAUGUUUCAAAAGCUGCAGGACCAGAUAUUCAAUCUCAUGAAGUACGACAGCUACAGCCGCUUCUUAAAGUCAGACAUAUUUUUAAAACAUAAGAGGGCUGAGGAACAAGAAGAGAAUUCAUCGGAAGCUCAAUCCGUAGCUAAAAGAGCUUCAAGGAUUUAUAACACAUGAUCCAAAGAAACCCAUUCAGACGAGCAACAAAAAAUAACCUAACUCUCAGGAACAGCCUUUGGGUCUAUAACUGUUGCAUUUAAGGCUUGAAAAGCACAAAACCCUUUUAGAGGAUAUUUACCUUCUUAAUUGCUUGAACAACUAAUUGUUUUUGCAUGAUGGCUAAUACCAAACACUCUUGAAAAGACCAUUUCCUAGGCUAAAAUGCUGAGGUAUCCGUAUGUAGCAUGAAUUACAUCCCAUAUUUCACAAAUUAAAAUGUUUUC